AUGAGCGCAGGCUCUAACAGCACCAUUCCUGCGGCGGCUGUUCUCGCGGCGAAAGAUCAAGCUAUCUGGGUCCCGCGGAACAUAGCAUACACCCAUCAGCUGUGGUGGUUCGUUGCCAGUUUUAUCGGCCUCAUCGCGGCGGGUCAGUUUCUCUCUUGGGUACUGUCGUGCCUUUUCGCACGCUCCACGCGCGAGGACGCCGAGGGACGCGGCGCGGCUCGCGUUCGCCGUUUUUCCUGGAGCCGACUUCCUAUCGCCUUGGUCAACCACUUCCGCGUGUUCGCUUUCAGGAAUACGGUCGGCGUUGGCCAGACGUACACCUUUAUCUACGCAGAGGUUUGCAUCACGGUUGGGUACAUCGCCGCCCUUUUCACCUGGGAGUUUGCCAACACGACGGGCCUCGCGGGGUCUGCCUUGACAUUUGGGUACUGGUCGGGAAGGGCAGCGGCGCUAUCUGUCAGCCAGCUCCCUUUGCUAACGGCGCUAGGAACCAAGAAUAGUAUCCUUGCAUACAUCACGGGAGUCAGUUAUGACAAGCUGAAUUUCUUUCAUCGGAUGGUGGCCCGCGUGAUAUUCAUUCUUCUUUGGGUUCACGCAAGCUCUAAAAUCGCAACCAUCGCGCCUGCGUCUUAUGAGGAGUGGUACAUUCGGGCGGCCUUGACGGCCAUAACUGCUUUCACUAUCCUCAUGAUCCUCAUGGUCGUAUCGUAUCGGUCAAUCCGAUCCCGAUACUACGAAUUCUUCUUCUUCACGCAUUUCACAAUGCUGUUACUCAACACGUUUAUGGUGUGUAGCAUCUUCCUCAUCGGCGGCUUCUAUCACGCGAGGCAGCUUUCUAUAUUCUCUACAUACGUCUGGCCUUCAUUCCUGAUUUGGGGAAUUGACCGCUUCUGCCGCUUUCCUCGCCUGGUCUACUACAACAACUACCUCUUCUCUGCCGCCUCACGGCCUACUACCGGUAUUGACGCGUCCGUGGAGCUCCUCUCGGCCCAGUUUGUGCGCCUGCGCUUUCCCCGGCCCUCGCAACUUAAAUGGACCCCCGGACAAGCCGCAUUCCUCAUCCUGCCCUCCGUCUCCACCAUCCCUUUCGAAGCGCACCCGUUCACGAUCGCGAGCGUUGACUCGCGCUACCGCUUGCGCGGCAAGUCGAUUUCGCGCACAGAUUCUAUGGCGACAUUGUCAGAAGCCAAGGACAUGCGCGACGCCCCGGAGUCAGAGGAGCUACAGUUCAUGAUCAACGUCCGCGAGGGCUUCACGAAGCGACUUGCGCAGGUGGCGGAGAUGGGCCAGAGAGUCAAGGUGUUUGUUGACGGCCCGUAUGGGUUCUCCCCUGACCUGUCGGGCGACGAUACAGUCGUUCUAGUUGCCGGAGGGUCGGGUAUCUCUCUUGUUCUCUCGAUGUUCCUCGGCCUUGUCAGCGAUGUCCAGAAUGGAAUAAGUCGGUGCCGUAGAGUCGUGUUCAUUUGGUCUAUUCGUGAUCCCGCGCAACUCGACUGGAUUGCUGACCCCAUGGGCAAAGCCUUGGAGCUCGCUCCGGAGCAGCUCGACGUGUCCGUCCGUAUCUUCAUGACCGGUCGUGGGCGGUUGCUCGACCCAACACCCCUGAUGGACGGCGACGGCGGGAGCACCUCCGCGUACGAGAUGAUGCCACCCGCGAUGGAGAUCCGCCGCCCUCUGCUCAGCUUCGCCGCCGUCCAGGUCGCACAAUGCCGUCCGGAGUUGAACAAGCUACUCAAGGAUGAGGUAUCUGCCACCGCUGGACGCAUCUCUGUUACCGUCUGCGGAGGACAAGCGAUUGCGAAAUCCUGUCGCGAUGCUCUCCGGAUUCCGUUCAGCCAGACGCUGUACGGCGGUCCUAGCGUCGUGCUCCACGUAGAGUCUUUUGGUUACGCUUAG